CAACGGCAUUUCUAUUUACAGCACAGAAGAAUGAAAUACAUGAAACACGAACCGAGCGCGACAUGUUUAUGAACAAAGCGACCAUGGAGUAUAUGUUUGAAUUGAAGUCGUCUUAUUGCUCAAACAGCGUUUUUGAGUACGUUAGCAGCAUUGGAAAACCAAACCGUCACUGGAGCGACUGCCAAGCGACAGGCUGACCAAACAAACAAAGAUUGAGUGUGAUUAUGGCACCAUUCACCAUUUCUCCACAUCAUCCACUGCUGUAUCAGUGCGGUUUACCUCCGAAAGCUCUUCUCAUGCAAUCCAAGAUGAGUCCUGAGCCUUCGUCCGGUUCACCUGGAGCGAAUGAAGAUCUACCUCUCACUCAUUAUCACAGAACGUCCAUCAUGAAGAUCAGAGUCCAUCUGUGGCAGGUCAUCCGGAGGGUCGUGAACUUCUGUAUGAGUGUGACCGAGCUUCUCAGCUCCAAGAUGUUUUUCUUCUUUUGUGUGGGAAAAAACAUGACCAUGACCGGCGAGUUAAAGAAGAAGAGCGGCCUGGAGGCCUUGGAGAGGCCUGGGUGCCAAAUCAGCGAUGGCGCUUCAGAAAUGAAGGAUCCAGAGGUCGUUAUGGAGCUUGAUGACGACGAGCCUGCUGCUGAUGACGAGCCAUCAGUGAUUGAUUCAGAUGAUGAAGACAGGCUCUCAGAAUGGGAGUCUGAAGAAGAAACCGAUGAGGAAGAUGAAGAGGACCGUGAGCCAGAGGAUGAGGAUUCUGAAUGGUCAGAUGAGGAUGAGGAUGAUGAAGGAGACUCCGAGGCAUCAGCAGAGAGUCUUGAGCUUUGGGAAUCGUUUCUCAACCGCGGUGACCCUUACAACCCUCUGAGCUUCUGCUCGUCCAUCGGCUCCAGAACAAACUCAAAGCAAAACCAGCAAACUCAACCUCCACCCGCGACAAGACCAGAAGAGUGUGAGCCAAAUCCAAAACCAGACUCGAAGGAGGGCGGGAAGAAGGUGUGUUUCAGUGAUCAGGUGACUGUGCGCCCUCUGGUGGUGUGGAGUUUCGCCAGCCGGGCCGCAAGGGACGGCUCCUGUUGGAUGCAGAUGGCCAGAGACCGAGAGCGUUUCAGAAGAAGAGCGGAGAGCAUCGAGAUGCUCCUUAAGCCCUGCCUGACAGCUGAACACAGAGCCAGCGUGUGGGAGAGACUUCAUAAAAACAUCCUCAUAAUACAUCAUCCUCCAGCUUAAUGCGUUAUUCUCACAAUGUAGCAGUUGAUCUAGAUGUUGACAUUUUUGGUGCUUUUAGUUUUGAAUGUUUUUUUUUUUACUGUGUAAUUUCUGUUACAAUAGCGUGGUGCACUUUAUUUUUAUGUAUUUGUCUUAUUGGGAUUUAAUUUUUGGUUUUGCACAUAUAUAAUUUUAUUGUACUAUAAAACACUGUAAUUCUAAGACAUUGCAUAUUUUAUAUGGCAGCUGAAAAAUAUUAAACUUUUCUGACAUG